GCUAGGUAGCUGGAUGGAGCGAGUAGUUGAUGCAUGUUGCUGCUGAUUUGUGGAUUGAUAUCCUGUCAAAAUGACUCCCAGUCCCACACCGGGUAGUGGUAAUCUCUCUGCUGUAUUACGAUCUACGGGAAAUCUUGUUUUGGAAGACACUUCGGUUCCUCAACCAAAAGAAAAUGAGGUGCAGAUACAAAUGCACGCUGUAGGGAUCUGUGGAUCGGAUGUUCAUUACUGGACUCAUGGUCGUAUUGGUGACUUCAUCGUCAAAGCACCAAUGAUUCUUGGUCAUGAAGCCAGUGGUAUCGUGUCGGCGAUUGGAAGCAAAGUGACGUCCUUGAAAGUGGGUGACCGUGUAGCCAUUGAACCAGGUGUACCAUGUAGAUUGUGUGAUUUCUGUAAGGGAGGUCGUUACAAUCUCUGUGGUGAGAUGGCUUUCUGUGCCACGCCCCCUUAUGAUGGCAACCUAAGACGCUAUUACUGUCAUGCAGCAGACUUCUGCUAUAAAUUACCUGAUCAUGUCAGCAUGGAAGAGGGCGCCCUGUUGGAGCCGCUUUCUGUCGGAGUUCAUGCAUGUAAACGAGCUGGGGUGACAAUAGGCAGCAAGGUCCUCAUUUGUGGUGCAGGCCCUAUCGGAUUGGUUAACCUUCUCACUGCCAAAGCAAUGGGAGCUUCUUCAGUUGUUAUUACAGAUCUUGAUCAGAACCGUUUGGAUAUGGCUUCUAAGCUUGGUGCCAAUCAUAUCAUCAAAGUGGACACCAGGGAUGUACAGGAGGUGGUCAAACGUGUUCAUACUGCAUUGGGAGAAGAACCAAGUAUUACUAUUGAGUGUACCGGAGCACCACCUUCCAUCCAAACAGGGAUCUAUGCAACCAAGUCAGGAGGUGUUCUUGUUUUGGUUGGACUUGGACCAGCUGAGAUCACUCUACCAGUUGUGAAUGCAGCGGUUAGAGAAGUGGACAUUAGAGGAAUAUUCAGAUAUGUUAACUGCUACCCAACAGCAUUGGAAAUGAUUGCAAGUGGGAAGGUUGAUGCCAAGCCUCUGAUCACGCAUCAUUUCAAGUUAGCAGAAUCUCUGAAGGCAUUUGAGACGGCUAAGACUGGAGAGGGUGGAGCCAUCAAGGUCAUGAUCCAUUGUGACCAAUAGCUGAUUGCUGUUGAUGUCAUGUGAUCCAUUGUGACCAAUAGCUGAUUGCUGUUGUCAUGUGACAUUGCCAUUCACAUGAACCAUCACAGGGUGGGUUGCUAUCCUUGUUAUCAAUCAAGUUCUGUACAGAAAGUGUCCAAAUGAACAGAUAAGGAGGGAUUGUCUAGAACUUAAACAUUUAAAUCAUGAAUAAACUCAGGGAAUUCAAUUUUGUCAACCAUGAUUUGUAUAAGACAGAAGCUUGUCAACACAUUGAUCAACAAGAACAUAAUCAUGAAUAUCGAUUAUGAUGCUGACACAUAUUUUCACAACUAUCAAAAUAUAUAUAUUUACAUUCACUAGUAUUAUGUUAUACUUAGUAGAUAUGAUAUUGUAAUACUAAGAUGAUAUGAUAAAUUUUAUACGUUUAGCUUUGCAAUUAUUUUAAACACAUUUAAAAAAGUUAUCUGAUCAAAUGAUAAGAAAUUAUAUGAUCUAAUCACAAACGAUAAAAUGAUAAUUAUUUGAACUAAUUUUGGCCAAAAAUUGAAGUCAGCAUAUAUUGUCAAUUAGAGAUUUAUCUGGAACCAUAUUUUAUUCAAAAUCAUAUGUCGCCCAUCCUCAAAAGAAAUGUCAUGUAAAAUUCAUGGCAUGCGGCUGCUAGAAAACUUUUAAGGUCAAUUGAAGAUAUGACUUGGAAUUUAUUUCAGCUACACGUAUUAGUGAAUUCCUCCAUUGGGUCUUAAGUAAUGAUUCAUCUCUUCUGAUUUCAGUUCAUGUAGGAUUAUGAUUUAAUUAACAGUCUUGUAUCGCACAUAUCACAUUAUGAAUAAUGUCUCUAUGUGCUUCCAAAGGACUUGUAUAUUGUUACCCCAGCUGUAGCUUG